GAAUUCCAACCCCCGUCUUGCGAGAUAUGGAAUCUGUUGGAAAAGUGGGAUCAUCUUAUCAUUUUAUUAUCCGACCGAUCUACUGCUCGUUCCAAUUUACUUUUGUUUUUAUCUUGGGAAGUCAACGUUCCAACGUUACGAUAUAUUUAUGGCUUAAACGUAAAAGUGAUGCUGUUGAAACGAAACGACCUGUAGAGAGAUCUAUAUAUAUACACGCGGCGCCCACGUUUCAUGCGCGGGCGUCGCGACGGAGGCGUCGUACUACGUAGUUUUGCACUUGCGGUGACCUUGGGAGCACCCACGUAUCAGGGAGAGAAAGAGGGGAUCUUGAAACAAAUCAAAGGAUCAUGGACGUGGAUUGAUAAGUAUUGGGGAACGAUUAAAAAAUAAAACAAAAAUAUAUUUGUGCUUAAUGAGCGAAGAUUCGGCAGAUAGAAGAAUAAGUAUUGACGCUUUUCAUAAAAUUUCAUAGAAAAGAGAUUUUUUGAUAUUCUGACCGAUACGUUAUAUGUUUAUAUAUCUAUCAUUGGAUAUCAAUUUGAUCGUAUUUAUUAGAAUGGAGAAAGAACGACAAGUGUGAUUUUAUCGAAAUACGACGAAGGGUUCAUGGGAUGAGAGCAGAAAAAAAUAUCAGUUCGUGGAAUCCUUCUCAAGGUCAAUACAUAAGGGUUAGCGAGCAAGCGAUGCGUCCAUGGGAUAAAAAUAAAACAGUUCGUACAUGGAAAAGAUAUCGUCAGUCCGAAUUGCAAAAGAAAAGUCAAUUGAAUAUAACCAUAUAUAUUAAAUAAGAAAUCUCGUGGCAGGUCAAUUGAGAAAUGUUACAUACAUAAUGCAAAUUGUUGGACUCAUUUAACAUUGUCAAUGUGAUGAUAAAUAGAAAGAGAAAGAGAAAGAGUAAAAGAAGUAUAGAAAGAAAGAGUCAAAGAGAUUUCGAGGAAUUCGAUGGCCUGACAGUGGCGAACAUAGCACAAUGGGGGUGUGGAUUAGGUAUACGCAUAUAUAGAGAAGGGAGAGAGACAAAGAGGGCGAGAAAGAAGGGGAUGCGCUUGCGCGACUCCGAUUGGUUGAACGGGAAUCGAGUAGUGGGGGACGCGGGUCUUCAAGCUCGGUUAAAACUACUGUAGUAGACGAAUUCGACUUUAGUGCGGACGGAAAGCUCGAGAGGUGCAAGAUCUUCUUGUAUUUUGUGAAAUACACGUGUAGGAAAGGAAACAAGUAGCAAAAUUGAGAAAAAGAUCAGUAUUCUUGUUGCCGCCAAAAACGCAAGGCCUCUUUUUUUCUCCACAAUUGCUAUCUUAGAUUGUGUUAAGAGAAACGCGUUCGCACUAUAUGUAUAUAUGUAAAUAUCUGUUUAUAAGUACGAUAACAUAUAUACAAGAUCAUCGGUGUCGUCAACAUCAAAUGUUUAUGCUGCUGAAGUUAGACGGUGCUCGACAUCAGGACGAAACGGUUAGUGUGUUAUGAAGUCUUCUAUAAAUCUAUAAGAUCUGAGGAAAGCAACGAGAAAAAGAAUUAUUGCAGAUUUAUUAAUCUAUCAAGAUGAAACGUAGUCAGAAUUACAAUCGUGGCAUGAACUUUUUCGGAAGAUAUCAACGGGAUCAACAACAACAACGACGACGACAACAGCAACAGCAACACCAACGACAACAUCAACGACAACAGCAACACCAACGACAACAGCAACCACAACAACGACAACAGCUACAGCAACAACAGCAGCAACAACAGCAGCAGCAGCAGCAACAACAGCAGCAACAGCAACAACCGCUACCACAGCAACAACUACUAUCACAGCAACAACUACAGCAGCAGCAAGCACAACAAAUACAACAACAAUCGCAGGAACGCAACGUUGACAUGAAUGCAUUAUGUCUGUUUCAGUCCGGUUCGGAAAGUCCAGCAGGUACAUCAUCAGGAAGUAGUUCAACUUCUCAAGGCUACAACAGCCAAUCACCGGAUGAUUUAAACGUCGAUUCGUUGAUUAGUAGCCUUUUACAGGUUGUAAAUGGUGAUAAUUAUAACGUCAGUCCUAUCUCUAACAACGUUAGUUUUCCUGUAUCAAGAGACCUCACAAAUAGAUGUAGAGACUGCCCAGAUGGGUCCUGCGAAUCAUGCUUGAUAGGACGUCAAUCGGUAAGGGGAAACUCCUCUUACUUAGAACUAUGUCUGUCGCUUAGCAACGUUUUGGUGGAAGUGGAUCACUUGGACUUUAAUUCGAUAUCAGAACGGAACACAAUCCAAAAUGUACAAGAAACUUCGAAUUUAGCGCUGAUGCCCGUGCCACAUUUUCAAAGAAGGCCAGUAGUCCAUUGCGAAAUUCAUGCAGCUCACAAAUUUUACUGUCAAACUUGUAGUCAAUCCUAUUGCGGAGAAUGUGGUGUCUAUCACAAUGGACACGUGACGAUAAAUGUGGCGGAAGCGAUGGAAAGUGCCACAGCGGAAGUUAAUCGAAUAAUGAACGAAGCCCGAGGUGGAAUUAAUACUAUGAGACAAGAUUUGAACUCAUGUCAGAUGGCUGCUGAGCUGCUAGAACGAAAAGCGAGACAGGCAACAGCUGACGUGAUACAAUGCGUAAAAAAAAUAACAAGUGCUUUAGAGGCACGUGAAAGGGAAUUGUUACAAAGAAUCGAAGAGGCAAAAUUAUUAAAAUUCUCGGCAUUGAAAGCGAGAGACGAUGGACUCCGGGUUGGAAUAAUCCAAUUGACGAAAACCAUGAAGAAACUUAGCACAGCGGUUGAUACCUAUACAAUGGGCAAUAAUCCAAGAGAAUUGAUAAUCAGCAAGGAUAUGGCGGCAUCAGAGAUGCAUAAAGUUCGUCAGAUUCGACACAAUUUACCCCCCGCACAAGAACCCUGGAUAACAUUCACUGGAUCAUCAUCUAACACGAUUCAGAGCCUUAUAAACCUGGGCUCGAUCGUAGUGAACAAUCCAGGUCACAUAGGUGAUCGGCGAUCUUUGAAAGGCCGUGGAAAUUUACAAAUGUUACCACCAUCAUCACCGUUUCCUCGAUCGCCUUCAAACUCUAUAGUUCCUAUAGCACGAGGAAGGCCAAUACCAAUGAAUGAUUAUCCUGUGACAGUUUGGUUUGGAUCAAAUACUCCUAACCGCCCACCGCAAAUAAUUGCAAAUAAUGGCGAUCCUAGAGAUAGUCUCUGCAGACCUUGGGGUGUUACAUGCGACAAGGAGGGAAACAUAAUCCUAGCUGAUAGAUCUAAUAAUCGUAUACAAAUUUAUCGAUUGGACGGUACCUUAGUCAGAAGAUUUGGUACAUACGGUACUGGUCCUGGACAAUUUGAUCGACCUGCUGGUGUAGCAGUCGAUGCACGUCGACGUAUCGUUGUUACUGAUAAAGAUAAUCAUCGUGUCCAGAUCGUAACGAUGGAAGGUCACUAUAUAACGAGCUUUGGCGAGAGAGGAAGUCUCUGCGGUCAAUUUAACUACCCAUGGGGUGUGGCAGUAAAUUCCGAUUGUCUAAUAGUUAUUUCCGAUUCAAGAAAUCAUCGUCUGCAAAUGUUCAGUCCAGAAGGUGUUUUUCUUCGUAAAUUUGGACAUGAAACGAAUCCUAGCAUGUGGAAAUACUUCGACUCGCCUCGUGGAAUAGCUUUCAAUCCGGAAGGCAACGUUGUCUGUACGGAUUUCAACAAUCAUCGAAUUCUUAUCAUCGAUAUUGACUUCAUGAACUCUCGCAUUCUCAAUUGUGAAAACAUCAGAGGUCAAAAACCAUUCCUCAGACCACAAGGCAUGGCCAUAGAUGAUGACGGUAACAUCAUUAUUUCUGAUUCAAGAAAUAACAGAAUACAGGUAUUUAAUUCUUCUGGAGCCUAUAAAUUUACAAUUGGCAAUUUCGGUACAGGAUUAGGUGAAGUAGACAGACCAUCUGGUGUUGCAUUAUGUCCAGAUGGUAGAAUCGCAGUCGUAGAUUUCGGUAACAAUCGGGCCAUGUUGUAUUAAAAUGAAUUUUGAUGAAACACGAGUAUCAAACACAAAGUGUAGAUAUUCUUACGUAUAUUCCUCUCUUUCUCUAUAUAUAUAUACACACAUAUACAUAUAUUAGAUAUAUAUAUCAUAAAUAUCCAAAAGAGGAUACAAAAGGACCGCGUUUUUGUUCAUUCGCGAGACAUUAGAAGCAAUAUUUUCGUACUAAUUGUAUAUAAUAUGAUACGGGAAUACAUGGAUGUUCCUUCCUCACUUUCGGUGCCAAGAUACGAGUACAAAAAAAAUAGAGAGAAAAAAAAACUAAUCUUCGGUUUCAGAGUGUUCGAAAAAUAUGCUAUUAGCCGGUUUAUUAUGCUUCCUAUAUACAUAUAUAUAUAUAUAUAUAUAUAUAUAUAUAUAUAUAUAUAUACACACACAAACACAUACACAAACAGAUAUAUAUAUAUAUAUAUACAUAUAUACAUAUAUAUAUAUAUAUAUAUAUAUUGUUUUAAAGCGUGCACAAUCGGGUCUUAGAACUCCGAUCAAAUAUAUUAAAAAGAUAUGAAAAUAUCACAAAAUAUGUCGAAGAAUGAUAAAAUAUUCAAAACAAUAAGUUCUUCUUAAGCCUUCUUAUGAUAAAAAAGAGAAUAACAUAAAGAAAUAAUCGUUAUUAUUUUGCGUGUUUUCUUUUUGUUCUCCUUCUUUUUUUUUUUUUUUUUACAUUUUUUACUAUAAAAGUCAUUCGAUUCCAAUUAUUUACUUAUUGAAGAAAGCUGAUUGUUUCAUAUGUUUCGGAUAUUUUCGUUAUUUUUUAAUUCGUAUUUUAAACAAAUUAAAUUUUUACGUAAUCGUAGGUAAUAAGAAUCGAAUUUUUAUUUGCCUACUUUUAUAGCAAAAAAAGCACAUAUUUUAACUGGAAAACGACACAUAAACGAUAUGUUGCUUAUCUUUUUAUAUUAUCAUAAAAAGGGUUAAGGAAACUUUUAUUGUUUUGAAUAUUUUGUUCUUCUUUUACAUCAUAAAGAUUAUCAUAAGAGAAGGUUGGAGAAGUUAUCGAUAGAUAUUUAGAUGCAAGAGAAGGAUAACAAAAAUUUUACAUGAGAUAAUGAUUAUUGUUUGUUUUCAAUGUAGUCGUAUAACGAUGAGACGUCCUUUAUUUAUAGAACAAUUACGAACAUACAAUGCAUUUGAAAUAAUGCGUUGUGCAAUAUGUGUUUAAUGACGACCUUCAAGGAAGAAUGUUUCAUUUAAAUAUUUUUGUAUGUUACUUCAUAAUUCAAAUAACAUUUUUCUAUUGAUAUUUUCUAAAUAUUUGGGAUAAGAGUAAUAAGUAGAUGUAUGAUCUCUCGAUCUUAUUUUAUAGAUAUUUCCGAAUUAAAUGACUUCUUUUCAUUUCGCAUAUCGUAAGUUAUAUAUUUGCAAAAAUAUUUUUUAUUAUUUGCUUAAAUCAAUGAUGCGCAUUGUGAACUAUGAAAAAUAAUUUAAAUAGGAAAUUGUGAUGAAAUAAAAUCGAGAGAUUGUAUAUCUAGUUAUUACUCUUAUCCUCAAAUAUUUACAAAAUAGAAGAUUUUAUUUCGAUCGUUCACAAUUUCUUGCUACCUUCAUUUCGUAAAAUUUAUAGUAGUGACACGAUUAACAAAAAUUAAUCUCCUACAUAUCAAGCACAUUUUGCUGUACUUUAUGCGAUUUGUCAACAAUUUGUGUUAAUUCACUUAUGCAUGCACGAUCUUUUAAAGAUCGAAACUCUUAGAGUCGAAAUUUUUUAUUGAUUAUUAACAUCAUACCGGACAAUGAGAAAAAGAAACUGCGUCUGUCGUAAGUAUAUAAUUAAUAAUCUUUGUUGAAAGAAAAAGAAACUAGAAAGAAAAGAAAAAAGGACAAAAUAUAUAUAAUAGGCCUCUGAAAUAGUAUUAACACUUGCUUUAAUUUGUAACCAUCAAAGAUCAAGUCAUCGAUUAUAUUUCACACCAGCAUAAGACUGAAGUAAGACUGAUUUAAGAAAAAAAAAAAAAAAAAAAAAAAAAAAAAAAAGAGAAAAAAAAAGAAAAAAAAUAAAAUAAAACAAAAAUAAAAAAAAAUAAAUAAAAAAAUGAAAGAAAAUAAUAAAAAAAAAAAAAAGUAAAAAUGAGAAAGAAAAGUCCGGUAUUCUUCUGUUGAUAUGUUGUAUAACAUACGUUGUGUGAAAUUAGAAAUAACAUAGAACGAAAAAAAAAGAUAAAAAGCAAGAUGAAAUUAGAAAAAGAAGAAAAAAGGGGGGUGGAAAAAAGAUUAUCACAUUAUCUCGUUUGCUUAUAUAUUAUUUCGAUAUUUCCUUUUUUUUAAUUAGCAUUACGUAUAUGAGUAAUUAUAUUAUUUGUGUAAUUGUUUUAUGUUUAAUCCAUUUGCAUUAUAUUCUUAAAUACACAACGGACUUCAUAAAUUAAGGACGCUCAACUAAGUUGACCCGUUUCAUUAUGCAUAGACAAGUUUCUUAUUACUUUUUGUAAAAAAAAAAAAAAAAAAAAAGAAAAAACGUUUAACCAAUCAUAUUACAUUUGAGCAAAAUCAUAAUCUUUUCAAG